AUGAUCGUCUGUACUUUCAAUGCACGUACGCUAGCAUCAGAUGCAUCCAUCGAGGACCUGAUGGUACAAGCGCGAAUGAUCAAGUACGACAUCAUUGGUCUGACCGAGACAAGAAGACACGAAUCUCACCAUGCCGUUUUCGACACUGGAGAAGAAUUGUUCCUCGGAACAUGCGAUAAAAGAGGUGUUGGAGGCGUCGGUGUCCUUGUCAACACAAACUUGGCCAAGAGCAUUGAUUCAUUCGAAUGCCUAACAACCCGAAUCGGACGUUUACAUUUGAAUAGAUGUGGCUCACUGCCUGCAGUUUCUAUCUGCGUUGUCUACGCACCAACAUCUCAUUAUGAUGAAAGAGAAAUCGAGAAGUUCUACAUGGAGCUAGAGAAGUUCUAUAAAGAAGACCACACCUUCUACAAGAUCAUUGUGGGUGAUUUUAAUGCCAAGAUAGGACCGAGAAGAUCAGCUGAAGAACUUCACAUCGGAACCCAUGGCCUAGAAUGGAACGAACAGGGUGAGAGACUGUCUGAGUUCAUCAUGUCGACCAAGACCAUUCAUGGUAACUCACAGUUC